AUGGGUCGCGUUAUCAGGGGCCAGCGUAAGGGUGCGGGCUCUGUCUUCAAGUCCCACAACACCCACCGCAAGGGUGCCGCGAAGCUGCGCACCUUGGACGCGUCCGAGCGCCAUGGAUACGUCAAGGGCGUGGUGACCGAGGUCAUCCACGACUCAGGCCGUGGCGCGCCACUCGCCAGGGUGACCUUCCGCGACACCGUCCGCUACAUGCACGAUAAGCAGCUGUUCAUCGCGGCGGAGGGCAUCCACACCGGCCAGUACAUCUACUGCGGCCAGAAGGCGACCCUGAACAUCGGCAACGUGAAGCCCGUGGGCGAGCUGCCCGAGGGUACCGUCAUCUGCAACGUGGAGGAGAAGGUGGGCGACCGCGGCGCGAUGGCGCGCGCCUCCGGCGACUACGCCAUCAUCGUGGCGCACAACCCCGACGCCCAGAUCACGCGCAUCAAGCUGCCCUCCGGCCUCAAGAAGGUCAUCCCCUCCGGUUGCCGCGCCACCAUCGGCCAGGUCGCCGGCGGUGGGCGGACCGAGAAGCCCCUGCUCAAGGCGGGGCGCGCCUACCACAAGUACCGCGUGAAGCGUAACUCCUGGCCCAAGGUGCGUGGUGUGGCCAUGAACCCCGUGGAGCACCCCCACGGUGGUGGUAACCACCAGCACAUUGGGCACGCCUCCACCACGCGCCGCGACGCGCCGCCCGGCCAGAAGGUGGGCCUCAUCGCUGCCCGCCGGACGGGGCGCAUCCGCGGAACCCUGCUCAAGGUGGACAAGGAGUAG